CGAGCCACGGCACUCCACCUGCUCGACCACUGCCCGACCGUUGAAUCCGUCAUGGCCGCCGUGGACAUCGAGAGCCAGCAACUCCACCUCCAUGCGGAAGCGUCUGCCUAUGACAAUCCCAACGUCGAUGGGGCCGAUGACGCUGAGACUGAGGAAGCCGAGGAGGACAUGUACGACGACAACGACGACAACGAUUCGUUGCAUGGUCCUGUUUCCAGUCUUGGCAAGCGCUUGAAUGACUCGACUGCAGCUCCUGAUGGGAAACGCCUUCGUACGAAUGAUCCGGACAGCAUCAUCGACUUGGGCGAGGAAGACGACGAAGAUGAUGACGAUGAUGACGACGACGAAGACACCGACAGUAGUCCUGCCCUGCGUCACUACGCGAAGAACGGAGCGUCCAAGCAGUUCAUGAGCAAAGGAAAUCGAACGAUGGGGCAGUUUGACCACGACGACACCGAUCCCGCCAGCCAACAACAUACGAACCUGCAACGGCUUCUAGACUCGAUGGAUAGCAAAACGAAGAUGGAGCUGUUCCAAGACGCACUCGAACUAUGCGGCAAUGAUCUGUUCACGGGACACGAAGCAUGGCAGGAUCAGUUGCUUCUCAAAGCCUGUCGAUUGCACCCUGCGUUUGUGAGCUCGAUCAACGAGCUCGCGCAUCAGAGUGGAUCGUACAACACACCAGUCGUCCUGAGUGGCGACGAAGAUGACGAGGAGGACGAUGAAGACGCAGACGACGAUGAUGAUGAAGGCAGCGCGUCACUUAUUCAGGGCACGGAAGCUCCCGCGCAAGACGAUGAUGACGAUGAAGGAGACGCCGAAGCGCUCAAUUUUGUCGAAGAUGAUGAUGAGGAAGAGUUGGAACUGGGCGAUCUGUCCGACUUAUAGGGAAAACGAGAAGGGCAGCUAGCUAACUAUGUAUGAAGGGUGAAAUCACAACAUGACCAACAGAAUUUGAACGUGC